AGGAUAAAAGCUGUAAAUGCUGCAAAAAAAUCGGUGAUUAGAGUGUAUUUACGUGAAGGUAGAACUUUGCACCAUGAUAUUAAGGCUAAAUUUUGCUCUGGUGAAAUAGUUUUA